CACGGCCCGGCAGUUGCCUGGUAACGCCCGCUGAAGGAGUCCCGGCGUCUGAAGGUCCCGGAGAAGUGUCACUGGCCCCGAGUGGGACCCCGUAGUCCGUUCUCUCCGCGCCAGCCUGUCCCCGCGGCUUGGCGGGCUAGGGCAGGGGAGAUGUUGCAGGAGGAGUCGGAUCUUUCUCUCGUUAUUGCCCAGAUAGUCCAAAAGCUCAAGGGCUCCAAUUUGUACGCUCAGUUGGAACGGCAGGCCUGGGCCAGUCUUCAGAGACCUGAGAUUAAACUUGAAUCACUAAAAGAAGAUAUUAAGGAAUUCUUUAAAAUAUCAGGUUGGGAGAAGAAACUUCAGAAUGCUGUUUAUAGUGAACUGAGUGUGUUUCCUUUACCUAGCCAUCCUGCUGCACCUCCUGAACAUCUCAAAGAACCUUUGGUAUACAUGAGGAAAGCACAGGGAAGUUGGGAAAAAAGAAUUUUGAAGAGUUUAAAUAGUAUGUGCACUGAACUGAGUAUCCCAUUGGCACGAAAGAGGCCAGUUGGAGAACAGAAAGAACUUCUCAAUAAAUGGAAUGAAAUGGGAACUGAUGAACCAGAUUUAAGCCUUUUCAGACCUGUUUAUGCACCCAAGGAUUUUCUGGAGGUGUUAAUUAAUCUUCGCAACCCAAAUUAUGAAAAUGGUGAUUCUCUUAGUUUCAGGACUCAUUUGGGUUUAAUCCAAGUUCCUCUGAAAGUAAAAGACAUCCCUGAAUUGAAAGAAUUCUUUGUAGAAUUGGGCUUAACUACAGGACAGCUGGGUAUAGAUGAUUCUACACAAGUGCCUCCUGAACUUUUUGAAAAUGAGCAUGUACGUAUUGGGCAAAAAGUUCUAGCAGAACAAGAUAGUGCCGCUGCUCAACAGUAUAUCAGACAAGGAAGCCCCACAGCACUGAGAGCGGAAUUAUGGGCUCUCAUUUUGAAUAUUUCCAGUCAACCUGAGGAUAUCUUAUAUUAUGAGCAGCUCAAGACCAAUGUGAUACAACAUGACCUUUUGGUGGAUAGUCUAAUCUAUAAAGAUGUGAAGUUGACAGCAAGCAAUGAUGAUUAUUAUUUUGUAUUUGAAGACUAUUUAUAUCAGGUAUUACUUUGUUUCUCCCGGGAUACAUCUGUGUUGGGUCAUUUUGCGUACAACAGCGCUUCACCACCGAAAUCAUACAUCAGAGGAAAACUAGGACUAGAAGAAUAUGCAGUAUUUUAUCCACCAAAUGGUGUAAUCCCUUUUCACGGAUUUUCAAUGUAUGUUGCACCGCUUUGUUUUCUGUACCAUGAACCUUCCAAACUGUAUCAGAUAUUCCGUGAGAUGUAUGUGCGUUUUUUCUUCAGACUACAUUCCAUCUCUUCUCACCCUUCUGGUAUUGUGUCCCUCUGUCUGCUGUUUGAAACUCUUCUUCAGACUUACCUCCCCCAGCUCUUUUAUCAUCUACGAGAAAUUGGGGCUCAACCGCUACGCAUAUCCUUUAAAUGGAUGGUUCGAGCUUUCUCUGGAUAUUUAGCUACAGAUCAACUCCUGCUUUUGUGGGAUAGAAUCCUAGGAUACAACUCUCUGGAAAUUCUUGCUGCCGGGGCUUACUGUCAGCUGCUGUGAGGUCAGCACAGCAGAGUGUAGGGAUACUUCAUUCCUACUCCUGGCUUCUCUGCCUUCUCACGUGUUCCGAGCCCCUUCUCAACCACGGCCUAAAAUCUAAGCUGACACGGAGCCUCCCUGCGAAGUUGAAAUCUCAGCUCUUCUGGACUUGAGUUUGAGUUCUGGACAUGACUGCAAAACCUUUUCCUUUUCGCUAACACCCUCUGACUCCUGGUGGUUGAGUUUCCCCUUUUAGGUAUUCUCUUCAGCCAAAAAAGAUUUCAUCUGUUUUUUCAGGAAGCCACAGAUUGAUCUCUUAUUAUAAUUAAGCAGGUCUUAUAAUAGAGAUACAAGACAACUGUAUGAUAAUACACAGGGCACAGAUUUCUUGUUAAUUAUAUUAUUUUGCUUAUCUUAUACAAAAUAAUCUCAGUUAUUUUAAUCAUUGGGAUUAUUAGGAAAUUCAAAUAAAUAGCACAAGGUUUUCACAACAAUGGAUGGAGAGCAGAAAAGCUGGCAGAGUGCUGGGUCCAACCUUCUCCAGUUGUGUAUAUUGAAUAAAUUAUCUAACCUGUGUGAGUCUUCAUUUCCGUACCUUAUAUUGAUAGCAUUAUCAAGAUCCCACUCUGGGUAAUUGUGGAAACAAUGCUUCAUUGAAGAAGUCCCUUUUCUUAUAGAAGAUUCUUUAGGUACCAUAUUAACAUAUUCUUGAAUGCUGAGAGGUCUAGAAUAAUAGUAUGUUAAUUCAAAAAGCAAAAUUAGAGUAAUAAUAAAGUGUCGUGAAGAAAAACAUCACCCUUGGUGUAAUCAGAGAUACCACUUAAUGGUGCUGCUAACAACUCCCAGUAUCCUUCUGUCUCAAUUGGAUUUUGAGCCCGUACAGAUAGGCGUGAGGAAAGAAGGGUCUGCCCUCAGCUGUCUUGGCUGAAUGGCAGUGAUGCAUAGAAUCUACAGGGAGAGGAAUCCUAGAGGACAUCAGGUAUGAUUCUUUUAGAUGUUUCUGACAGGCGGUCCUCACCCUCUGCUUAAACACUUGAGUGUUGGGUCGUCCUUGUCUGACGAGUUAGCCCAUCUCACUUCUGGAUGACAUGGCUUGCUAAAAGGUACUCCUGUUAAGCCAGGGUUAUCAUCAUGUUUUUUCUACCCUCGCCUUUCCCCAGAGCCUUCUACUUUCCAGGCUAAGAAGCCUUGUUUUCUGCUACUGUUUCUCAGGCAACAGGACUGUAGACUUUCCAGCAAAUAAAUCUCCUCUGGGUGUGUCAUAAAUUUUGAAGAGUGUUGUGUUUAGUUGCUGUUGUUGUUGUUUAUCAUUUCAAAAUAUUAGAGCAUGGUAAAGAAAGGGGGCUCAGUAUAAGAAAGUACUUUCUAAUAAUUAGGAUUUUUCAAAACUAGAAUGGGCUUUUUAAUGGUCACUUGAAGGUUAAGAGGUUUUCUACUGUGAAAGAAAUGUGGAAUUGAAAGACCUUUAAGCCCUCUAACAAUUUAAAUGUUCUCAUUCUGGGACUUAUCACCCCUCAGCAAACUUAUGUGAAAGAGAAAUAAAUGAAUGUUGACUAACGCAUUUCCUCGAAGCUAGGCACCCUGCUGGAGCUCAGAACAUUAAUAAAAACGUUGCUGAUGAACAGGUAGAAAUGCACUCUGCACCGGUUUCCUACUUUCCCUGAAUGGUUUUUAAAAAAUCAGCAGGGAAGAAUUACAGAACAUGUAGAAAUGGAACUAGACUCCCCUCCCAUGAAUUCAGAGCAAGAGCCAGAGGAUGGAUAAUUUCAUGUAGGGGUACCCAAACUCAUUGUUAUUAUUUCAGACAUUUGGGGGGAUGAAUAUUUUGGGACCACCUUUUUUGCCCAAGUUAGUUAUUAUAUAGCCUUUAGAAAGUUUUAGUAAAUAUUACUAAUUUAGUAAGUAUUACUAAAAAUUAAUUAUGCAUUAAUGAGGGUCUUUUGAGGAACAGUUUAAAGCAAAGGUGCCUGAAUGUUUGUGAUAGAGUUGCUUAGAAUUAACGAGCAUAGCUUAAACGGCCAAAAGUAAAUGUUAGAGUCUCUCUACUUCAUGUGAAGCAUGAUUGCAGUUGAAAAUAUCCCAAAGUGGAGAGCUUUUCUCCUUGGCAAACAGAAGUGUUCUGCGGAAAGGCUGGGCAAAUCAAACAUGAGGCAGACGCAAAGGAACUUCUGUGAUGUGACACCAAGAUAAAUAAAGGUUAUGAGCACAUAAGCACUUGGAUGCUGAGGUCAAUUAGUGGCCUGAUCUUUUUUCCCCCCUCUUAUCUACCUUUGGAAAAACAAUUUCCCGCCAUGUAAAACUCUUUCCUGCUACAGCAGAAAGUUUGGCCAUCCUGUCAAGCUUUCACCAACUCUGUUAAAUUAUACACAAAAAAGGAAGUAGCCAUCAUACUCCUUAGCUUCUCAAAUGUCUCCAUUGUCAAAAUGAUUCUAGAUAUUAGGAAAACUAUAGAGAAGUUGCUGGUCGAAAGAAAUUAUUUUCUUUGAUACUCUUAUAAACAUAGACACUCAGUGACUCUAAAGUACUGAAGUUUUCUCCUUUUCAGUUAAAAGGUAAAAGUCUUUGUCCCUGAUCUUUGCAUCCCCUGUUACAAAUUAAAUAAUCCCAUCCGAUUUGGCUUUUUUAAGUUUUGUUUUACCACUACCAUCUUCCCCCCA